GGUGUUUUGCGUGCGCGUCUUUUUACAUAAAGGACCUCGAGCUUGACCCCACUUCCAUCUGGGUAGUUUUCUCGUCUUUUUUCUGGUCGUCUUUGUGCAAUCUUCUUCUUCUUCUGUGCGAAGACGUCUUGUUGAAAGAGACACUUUGGUCCACUCUGCUUAUCUGCCCCUCUUUCCCAGCAUUGGCAAAAGCUUGACCCUUACCCUACCCUACCACCACUAAAUUCUCCGAACAACAACCCAACAAUGUCUUUCUCGGCAGACAGGGUCAAUAUCUUGAAGAGCAGGAGAUUCUCCACCUCCAAGGAUCCCAGCGAUACUGAACUCGGCUCCAAGAUCCAUCGCCAGUUCCGCCAGUCGCAUGAGGGCCACAAGCCGCACGCUGGUCUAGACGCCAGUCGUGCUUCGACCGGUGUCGUGUGGACGUCCGAGCAAGCAUACAAGCACGGCUUCCUCGAGAACCCCGAGGAGUGGGCAAACCUGGGCCAGGGAGCGCCUGAAGUCGACGACAACAUCGAGGGCUGCUUCCAGAGGCCCAAGGAAGUCGACAUCACGGCUCAUGGCAGAGAGUACGGCCCCACGGCGGGUAUCAGGCCGCUGAGAGAGGCCGUCGCGACGCUGUACAACGAGCACCACCGCAAGGGCAAGGAGAGCCAGUACACAUGGGAGAACGUGUGCAUUGUGCCCGGUGGACGUGCGGGUUUGAUUCGUAUUGCUGCUGUGCUGGGCAACUGCUACCUGGGUUUUUUCAUCCCUGACUACACGGCCUACAACGAGAUGUUAUCGCUCUUCAAGAACAUCGCCGCCAUCCCCGUACCCCUCGGCGAAGCAGACCAAUACCACAUGUCCCCCGACAAGAUCGCAGAGGAAAUCGCACGCGGCACCUCCGUAAUCCUAACCUCCAACCCGCGAAACCCCACAGGCCAAAUGGUUACCAACCCCGAACUCGCUCAGAUCCAAAACAUCUGCCGCGAUCGCGCAACACUCAUCAUGGACGAAUUCUAUUGCGGAUAUAACUACACGACUAACUGCGACGGUACUGUCAUCUCGGCAGCCGAUAACGUCGAGGACGUCGACGAGGAUGAUGUCCUCAUCAUUGAUGGCUUGACGAAGCGCUUCCGCCUCCCUGGAUGGCGCGUCGCGUGGGUCAUCGGCCCCAAGGAGUUCAUCCAGGCGAUUGGGUCGUGUGGCUCGUACCUCGACGGCGGGUGCAACGUGCCGUUCCAAGAAGCGGCCGUGGAGAUGCUAUCCCCGCCGCGCGUGCGCACAGAGAUGCGCGCGCUGCAGACGCAUUUCCGCACGAAGCGCGACUAUGUCAUCGGCCGGCUGCAGGACAUUGGCUUCAAGUUCCCCUACAUGCCCAACUCGACGUUUUACCUGUGGUUGGAUUUGUCGGGGCUGCCGGAGGGCAUCAACGAUGGGCUGAACUUCUUCAAUGCGUGUCUCGAGGAGAAGGUCAUUGUUGUGCCGGGCAUCUUUUUCGAUUUGAAUCCGAGUAAGCGGAGGGAUCUGUUUGAUAGCCCGUGUCAUCACUUUGUUAGGCUGAGUUAUGGGCCCAGGAUGGAGGUGCUUGCUAAGGGGCUGGAUUCGAUUGAGAGGAUUGUUAAGAAGUGAGUUUCUCCUUUCCCCUGAUGUUGUGGUUGAGUGCGUGGACUAAUGGGUUGGUAGGU